AGGAGGAGCAGCAGCAAGCAGCAGCCGCCCGACCUUCCCGCUUCUUCUCCCUCUCCCUCUCCUUGUCUCUCAACCCAGGGACCUUUGGCUGGCGCAGCGGGUGGCUUUGGCGAGCCACGGGGGACCUCAAUGUCACCAUCGGCCCAUGUGCUUGGCUGAUGUCGAGGGGACGACGAGGAGGAGGAGGAAGAAGAGGGAGAGGCAGGCGCAGAAAGUGAGGCGAAGUUGAGCCAGCCCCGAGUCGCUCUCUCUUGCCAUUCAAGGACCCCCAUCCAAAAAGGGAGAGGGCAGCGGGGAGGGCGAGGAGAAGGAGCCUCAGCGCCCCAGAGCCUUCCAGAGGGACCUUCCUCCGAGCCCGAAAGGGGGAAAGGGCUUGGCUGCCUUCCUCGGGACGUUGCCGCUGCCGCCUCUGCAGCGAAUUUGAAGGGGAAAGGAACGCGCCCCAUUCAUUCCAAGAGAAGGAGGGGCGAGGGCAGGGAGGAAGUCCCGCCGCGGGAAAGAAGGACAACAAGUCCCAUUUCAGCAAGCCAGCGGGAAGAGAGAACCUUCCCUGAGCCGAGCUAUGAAGUCUUACAUUCCAUUUUUCAUUCUUCUGUGGAGUGCUUUUGGAAUUUCAAGGGCUGCCAAAAUUAUUGUUGUGCCGCCAAUUAUGUUUGAAAGCCAUCUGUAUAUUUUCAAGACCUUGGCCUCAGCCUUGCACGAACAAGGCCACCAGACAGUUUUUCUCCUGUCCGAGGGUAGAGAGAUCCCUCCAUCUAAUCACUACAGACUACAGCGUUACCCAGGGAUCUUUAAUACUACCACAUCAGAUGAGUUUCUUCAGUCCAAAAUGAGGAGUAUCUUUUCUGGGAGGCUAACGGCCCUUGAACUGUUUGACAUUCUGGAUCACUAUUCCAAGAACUGUGACAUGAUUGUGGGCAAUAAGAAGCUGCUGCAGGCCCUGAAGCAAGAAAAGUUUGACCUGCUGCUAGUGGAUCCUAAUGAGAUGUGUGGAUUUGUAAUUGCUCAUCUUUUAGGGAUUAAGUAUGCUGUGUUUUCCACUGGUCUUUGGUAUCCGGCAGAAGUAGGAGCUCCAGCACCUUUAGCGUAUGUUCCAGAAUUUAAUUCACUUCUCACAGAUCACAUGAACUUGCUAGAGAGGCUUAAAAACACUAUUGUUUAUCUGGUUUCAAGAUUUGGAGUCAGCUUUUUGGUUCUGCCAAAAUAUGAAAGGAUAAUGCAGAAGUACAAUGUACAACCAGCAAAAUCCAUGUAUGAAUUGGUUCAUGAUUCCAGCCUCUGGAUGCUGUGUACUGAUGUAGCAUUAGAGUUUCCAAGACCUACGUUACCAAAUGUUGUUUAUGUGGGAGGAAUUCUUACCAAACCAGCCAGUCCUCUACCAGAAGAUCUUCAAAAAUGGGUGGAUGGUGCUCAUGAAAAUGGCUUUGUACUUGUUUCCUUUGGAGCAGGUGUGAAAUAUUUGUCAGAAGAUAUAGCCAAAACAUUGGCACAUGCUCUGGAAAGGCUUCCUCAGAGAGUUAUUUGGAGGUUUUCAGGAAACAAGCCUAGGAAUUUAGGUAACAAUACCAAACUCAUAGAAUGGUUACCACAAAAUGACUUAUUAGGUCAUUCCAAUAUUAAGGCAUUCCUUAGUCACGGUGGCCUAAACAGCAUUUUUGAAACCAUGUACCACGGUGUACCUGUGGUGGGAAUUCCUCUUUUUGGAGACCAUUAUGACACUAUGACACGAGUUCAGGCCAAAGGCAUGGGGAUAUUACUAAACUGGAAGACACUUACUGAGGAUGAAUUAUAUAAGGCACUGGUGAAAGUUAUUAAUGAUCCCAGCUAUAGACGGCAGGCCCAGAAGUUGUCUGAAAUUCAUAAAGACCAACCAGGUCAUCCUGUUAAUCGAACAGUCUACUGGAUUAAUUACAUCCUUCGUCAUAAUGGAGCACAGCAUCUACGUGCUGCUGUUUACACAGUCUCUUCUUAUCAGUAUUUCUUAUUGGAUAUUGCUGUUGUUGUACUGCUUGGUACUGCCUUAUUCUGCUACAUUUUGGCCAGGAUAGCAAAAUUUAUCUGCAAGCAAAGCAAACAUCUUUGGUCCACUAAUGAACAUACUACCAUUAAUGGACAUUACCAAAAUGGGAUUCCAAACGGCAAGUAUAGAAGAAACGGCCACAUUAAACAUGAAAAAAAAGUGAAAUGAGCCAACUACCCAAUGUACAUUAGCAAUGAAUCAAUUCUAUAAUUGAAUUUUAUAGCUGUAACGUAGUCUAACACCUACUUAAAGUAAAACAAUAAACAGUUCUAAUGCUCCCCUACAGUAUGUAAUCUUAUGCAAUUAAAUUCUGCAGAACUAAGGAAAACCUUUAGAAAAAUGAAGCACAACCUAAAAUGCAAAAUGUAUUUUAUUCUUAAUACUGAUGCAGAAAGGUUAUACUGGCACUGAAGUUUUUUUUAGAAGCCUUAAUUCUCUGAAGUAAUUCAAUAAGUAUAUUUAUGACUUUUCCAUUUCUGAACCUAAAUGUGUGGGUCCCAGAUAAGGGCAAAGUUCCUUUUAUUUGCAAAAGCUCUUUCCUUUUUCAUAUUCCUUUUUUCAUUGGUACUUCAGCAAAGAGAUUUUUGUUUUAUUUACCCAAGGUUCAAUGUUAUCUGACAAUGAUGUUAAUUGAAGUCAGUUUUCUGAUACUGGGUAUGGAGCAGUAAACGAGCUAUAAACGCAGCCAUAAAGAUCAUAUUCUUACGACACACUGAAGAAUAUGAUUUAAAGAAUACCGUACUUUUGAUAUUCUACUUAAUUCUGCCUUUCUUUUCCAUUUCUUUAGAGAAAAGGAAAUUGCACAAGAGUACCGUAAGCUGUAAUUUUAUAUUUAUGUAUGUUUUAGUUUAAUUCUUUAUCUUUCCCCACAUCCAUAAUUUAUGCCAUUUGUAAGGAUGUUUUAUUCCAAAAAUUAAAAGGGCUGUGUGGAUAGAAUAGAUAGAUGUAUUUAAAAAUUAAGCAGAAGGAGAGGGAAUGGCCCUGGGCUCUUCAGGAAAGGUUUGCUUUGUCCCUUGAGCAAUGCAGAAUCAAACCACUUUGGAGGUUUGUUAUAUAAAGUUGAAUGUCGUUAAUAGUAUAUUAUUAUAAUUAAGUCCUCCCUGCCUCCCCCCUCCCAAAAAAACCACAGUGGUUCAAAGAUUCAGUCAGUUCUGUCUGUGUUCCCUAUGGAAGUCUGGGCCACACAAUCCAUGUUACAUAGUUGCCAACAUCAACCCUUUGAAUCAAAUGGAGGCUAUCCUUUUGGUCAGUUACUGCUGUCUUUGUAGAGGUUUGAUAUCAUGCAUGACAUUAAACCUAGAAUAACUAGUUAGAAAGUUUGCCUCUGCCCACACUCCUUUUAUGCACAACACUCUUUCAAUCACUGUGACCAAUACCGGACUUUUCUGGUUUUAAACAGAAAUGGGAUUACAGGGCAUUGAAAAAAGAUCGGGGCUGUCCUGAUAAACCAGUGUUGGCAACUAUGUGUUCAUUAUUUUCUGUGUCAUUCUGUUUACUUGGAAUUUGCACUGCACAUGUUGUAAGUGUAGACUUUUAUUUAUUUGCAGUUUGAAAUCCCAUGUCUGACAGCGGUAAGGGGAAAAAUAUAGCAAGUCUUGUUCACUAACAUGGGAAGAGUUCUGAAAACAACAGAAUACUAAAAUCAUCUUCGUACACAGUGACAUGAUAUUUCAUAAUUAUCCCAUCAGGAGCCUCUGUCUUAUAGCAAUAAAGUAGCAUUGCAAAUA